AUUCCAUAUGGCUUGGAUAUUCGUGUCUCACAUCGUAUCGUGUCUUGACAAGUUGGUCACCGGCAACAGUUUCAAUUGGCUCAUUUUUUUCACACCCCUCAUUUUUUCUAACCCAUCCCUUCCUUUGCCAAUCAAUUUGGAAAAAAAAAACAGCUGAUAUCGACUAGUAUUCACUAUUUUUCAUCCCCCACAAAGCAAUAAACCCGAACUAAUACUUCUCUGGAAGGGAGUGUUGAAUCGCUCGAAACCCCAGUGGGCGUCAAGUGAUUUUUAUUUUUAUUAUUAUCAUUAUUAUUUCUUCUCAUCGAAUUACAUAUGUAUAUGGAGGAUAAUCUCCAGCUAAUUGGAUAAAUGUCUGGUUGAUAAAUUCUAUGGAACUAGGAUGCGAUAGGAAGUGUGAAACGAGAGUUGAGUGGAGGUUUGACAAGUGAGACUGACGGAGUAACAGUAUAGGACGUAGGAUAAACUGUUAAAUUCCUCAAGUUUUUUUUUCCCCUUCAGACCGUAAAAUUGAUUAACAUCUUCCUCGGUGAAAUGGCUCUGCGAAAAGUUAAAGGCAAUUUCGAACGCAUGUUCGAUAAGAAUUUGACGGAUUUGGUGCGUGGAAUCAGGAACAAUAAGAAUAAUGAGGCGAAAUAUAUUGCACAGUGCAUUGAGGAAAUAAAACAGGAGCUGCGACAGGACAAUAUCGCUGUCAAGGCAAAUGCUGUUGCCAAACUGAUGUAUCUCCAGAUGUUGGGGUAUGAUAUCAGCUGGGCUGGUUUCAAUAUCAUCGAAGUCAUGUCGUCUGGCAAAUUUACGUACAAGAGAAUUGGCUAUCUAGCUGGCAGCCAGAGUUUCCACAUGGACACUGAACUCUUGAUGUUAACCACAAAUAUGAUCCGGAAAGAUCUCAAUAGUCAAAAUCAGUAUGAUGCUGGAUUGGCCUUGAGUGGAUUGUCCUGCUUCAUAAGUCCAGACCUAGCUAAGGAUCUCGUCAAUGACAUCAUGACCCUUCUGACCAGCACGAAGCCAUACCUCAGGAAGAAGGCUGUGUUGAUGAUGUACAAAGUGUUCUUAAGGUUCCCUGAGGCCCUCAGACCUGCUUUCCCCAGGCUCAAGGAGAAACUCGAAGAUCCUGACAGUGGAGUUCAAUCUGCUGCUGUCAAUGUUGUCUGCGAACUAGCUAGAAAAAAUCCUAAAAAUUAUUUGAGUCUCGCACCGAUAUUCUUCAAGCUCAUGACAACUUCCACGAAUAAUUGGAUGCUUAUUAAAAUUAUCAAAUUGUUUGGCGCGUUGACUCCGCUAGAACCUAGGCUUGGAAAAAAACUUAUAGAACCUCUGACCAAUUUAAUACACAGUACAUCGGCGAUGUCACUUCUUUACGAGUGCAUAAACACAGUAAUCGCAGUGUUAAUUUCCAUUUCCUCGGGAAUGCCCAAUCACUCAGACUCAAUUCAGCUUUGCGUUCAAAAGCUGCGGAUUCUCAUCGAAGAUUCCGAUCAAAAUUUGAAAUAUCUGGGGCUUCUGGCAAUGUCAAAAAUCCUGAAGACACAUCCAAAGAGUGUGCAAGCCCACAAAGAUCUUAUAAUGCAGUGCCUAGACGACAAAGACGAGAGCAUUCGAUUGCGUGCCCUUGACCUUCUGUACGGCAUGGUAUCCAAGAAAAAUCUGAUGGAAAUUGUCCGAAAACUGAUGAUCCACAUGGACAAGGCUGAAGGAACAACUUACAGAGAUGAACUUCUCUCGAAAAUCAUUCAAAUCUGUUCGCAGAAUAAUUAUCAAUUCAUUACAUACUUCGAGUGGUACAUUUCCGUUCUCGUUGACUUGACUAAAAUGGAAGGUACCAAGCAUGGACAAUUAGUUGCCACUCAAUUGCUUGAUGUUGCAAUCAGGGUCCAAGCAAUAAGAAAAUGCGCAGUUCAACAAUGUGCCUUACUACUUGACAAUGCACAUUUACUCACUGGAACACCGCGAGCAACAAUGUGCGAAGUACUGUACGCAGCAGCCUGGAUUUGUGGUGAAUUUUCAUCAGAGCUCGAUGAUCCCAUAGCAACAUUAAAAUCCAUGCUUAAAUCACAAGCAUCGAGCCUUCCUGGUCACAUACAAGCGGUUUACGUUCACAAUAUAUUGAAAUUAGCAGCCAUGACAUUAAAUAAAGCUCAGGAGGAAAAUGAUCGAGAGACGAUGGAAGAGAUAUUCGCCCUGAAGGACGGAAUGAAUGAGUUCAUUUGCAGUGGUGAUCUCGAGGUGCAGGAGAGGGCAACAGCUGUUCUAGUUUUGUUCGAUUAUCUUAAAGAGAAUCCAUCAUUGAUCAAGGAGCUUGCAGAUACUUUUCAGGGUGAGCUGAAUCCAGUUGCUCCAAAGGCACAGCGAAAAGUACCAAUUCCUGAGGGACUCGAUCUCGAUUCCUGGAUCAAUGAUCCACCCUCUGAGAGCUCUGACGACGAAGACUUGGAUAUGAAUGAUAUAUUUGUUAAAAGUGAGAAGAAUAGUGAGUAUGGGGAGAAAAAGACUGUUGAAUUGACGUCUGAAGAGCUCCAGAGGAGGCGAGAUCUCAGGAAAAUAGAGCAGGAGAACAAUCCACAUUAUUUGAAGGGCCACUCAAGUCCCAAGAAUUAUCAUUACAAUAAUGAUAAAAGUGAUGAUUACGAUCACAUUCCAAUCGCAAAGCUCGACAUCCCAGUUUCUUUGAAGAUAAAUUCGCUCAGUUCAAAAUUCUCAGUUGAUGAUAAGAGGUUGAAAUCUGAUAAAAAGAAGGAUAAGACCAAGAAGAAACAUCAUUCGAAAAAGGGCAAGAGGGAUUUGAAGGAGAGCUCGGACGAGGAGCAAGACAACGAUUAUCCAGCACAUUUUGUUAAUACUGGAAUUGGAGAGCUGCCACCAGGAGCAGAGCUGAGUGAUAACGAUGAUAAUAAUAUUUCUGAUGUUAAUGAUCCUCACAGGGCUUUGAAUAUCGAUCUCGAUAUUCCUUUGCGAGAGGACGAGAGAUUGCCAGUACUUGAGCAUCGGCCAGGCCCCAGAGACUCCAAGAAUAAUCCUGAGAAGUCCGAGAGAAAGGGUAAGAGUUCAAAGAAAAUUAAGAAAAAGACGAAGGAAGAGAAGAGAGAGCGCAGCAAUUCAGAGAAUCAAAAUAACAUUGAUCUCUGGCUUGGCAAUGACAUAGCUAUUCAUAAUAAGGAAAAUGAGAUUACAAGUGACUCUCUAAAUGUAGAGAAUAAGGAUAAUGAUGUUGAUGAUGGUGAUGAGGGGGAGAAGAAGAAGGAGUCUAAGAAGAAAGGUGGAAAGGCGAAGAAGAAGAAGAGGAAGGAGGAGGAAGGUAAGAGGAAGAAGAAAAAGAGCGAGAGCAAGCAGAAUACGUCGGGGUAUGAAGAGACUGCGGGUAUUUCUACCCCGUCUAAAGAGAUUGUACCGGGACUUAGCGUUAAUUUUCAUGAAAGUAAUGAGGAAACACUCAAUAAUCUCUAUCAAAUGCCCAGUGGACACCAGGAGCUUGCGAAAAAUGACAAAAUGAAGAUGAUGUUCGAAUUGAAGCAAUUGCCACAUGAAAAUGGAAAACUCAUCGUUUCAAUUUUUUUGGUCAAUUGCGGUGAUAAAGUCAUCAAAGACUUGGACUUGGAUGUCACAGACUCGUCGACCUUGAAACUAGUUAGAAACUUAAAUGAAGAAUCUGGGAUCAAGAUAAGAGUUAAAUUGGCACCUCAAGCUACAACAGAGGUACAUCUUCCUAUUCUUAUUGUUGAUGAUACAUUUGCCCAAAAAUUGAGGGGAAGUCUGAGUUAUUUCGUCGACAACUCUUCAGCGAUGAUUCAGGAGAAAUUGGAUUUUGUUUUGAAAUUCUCAUGCUGUGAUUUUAUCACUGGAAAUUUACCGCACGGUGAUAUUCUGACGGAAUUACUUGGCAGCGAUAUGUUGCAAUUUAAAACGAAAAAUAAUGUCGACAUUUCCCUAAAUCUUGGCCAAAUUGUGGAAAUGGUUUGUCAGAGGUGUAAUUUAACCCUCGUAGAGCAGGUUGAUGAUGCAGCAUCUCUAUACGGUAAUUCGUUGAUGGGUCAUCACGUGUGCCUUUUAUUCAAAAAGAAAUCAUCAGACGCAUCUUCAAGUCUUUCAAUUGAGGGCAAGGGAGACAAUAAUUCAUUAUUAUCUGGGAUUAUCGAGGAAAUUGUCAAUACAAUUACGAAAUAAAGAGAGGACUAUGCAGAUUUAUAUAAAUUUCAAAACGUUGAUUGAGAAAUAUGUUGCUCAUUAUAGAGAUUGCGGUGGAAAAUGAUUUUUUUUUUAACCUUUCAGUCUGUAAUAUUUUUUUAAUUUAAAGAA